UAUCGGAUUUGACGGCGCUUGUACGAGUUUCGUUAACAAAAACGUUUUAUAGGUAGUGCAACAGAGUGGCGGCGUCCAAGUAUGGCAGUGGUGGGCUGUCAGUCGGCUCCGGCGUGUCGGUGAGGCGCGGCAUGAAGUGCGCGGGGGUGGCGGGGGCCGGUGCCUCCGACGACCUGCUGCUCAGCGGCUGCUGGCUCGACCCCAAGCUGGAGGCAUCCUCGCCGCCACCCGCCUGCCACGACCUCAUAGACUCCUUACUAGCUCCUCCACCUUUAGCCGAGCUCAAACCUCUGCCCCCCUUCACCGGCUACACUGGCCAUCUCUCCAUCAACGGCAUCUCUGGCCAUCAUUUCCACGCCAUCGCUCAACGCCUUCCGGAGGAGAACAAUAAUUACCCCACUCAGAGCGGCUACGGGACUGACCACGACGUAGUUUCUUCGUCGACGUGCGCAGCCGACGCAGAGCCUCCCGAUUUGGAGGACGUCAAGCCUUUCUUGGAGCCGCAGGACACGAAACCUUUUUCGGAAUCAUCGGGACCCGGUGCGCCUGAUUCCUGUGCGGCGUCCUGCUCCCCUCCUGCUAAGCUUUUCGAAGACAAUCACAAACAAGACAUGUACGAUAUUAGCUCGAUAGAAGACAUUGCGGCCAUCAUCGGGUCGGCGAUAGCGGACACGACUGUCCCUAACCAGCCCGAGGAUCCCGACCGGAAUGACUCUCGAGAUAGCUGGAUGGACAUCGACGCCCUGAUAUCGGGCGCCUGCAGCCAGCACGGCGACAAGAUAGUCCCACACGAUCUCUCUGAAUUCGGUCUGCCGAGUUCACCCCCGGCUGCGCCGCACAGUCACAAUACGAACAUAGAUUUUCCAUGCAAAAACCAAGACUUCAAAAGUGAUUUCCUGCAAAAGAAUUUGAACGCGGGCUCGACGCUUCAGACGCUGUUAACUCACGGCUACAUGCCUCUACUACAUAAUAGGCUGCAGAACGGACCUCCGGUGAAACAGGAGGCACCCAGUUCGACCAGCUACGGCAUGGACGUAAUAUCGACAUCGUCGCCUCCCGGGAACGCCGUGUCCACGACGGACGGGGUCAGCGGGCUCUUGAACGGUCGAUACGCAUCGCACUAUGCACUAGGUCUGAAAUCGGAUGGCCUGUGCAGUCCGGAUCGCAUCAUCGGGUACCCUCACGCGCACACAACGACAUCCUCAACGUCAAGUAAAAAAAGAAGUCGCGCGAAAGCAAAGCAGGGCAACAACGGCAAUAACAUACACGGCACAUCGUUGGCCUUCCCCUCCGCGACCGCCGCCGAGCUGAGCGGCUUGUUAGGUAAAGAGAAGCCCGUCCAUCGCUGCGGCAUCUGCAAUCGAGGCUUUCUGAACAAAUCGAAUAUUAAAGUGCAUCUCCGCACCCACACGGGGGAGAAGCCCUUCAGAUGCGAUGUCUGCGCUAAAGCGUUCAGACAGAAAGCGCACUUGAUCAAACAUCAGCAGAUACACAAGAGGAUCGGGAGAGACUGA